AUGCAGCCACGUAGACCAGAUGCCCGUGGUUUACGUGCACGUCGUCGUCGUGGCUCUACAGCCGCAGCGUUGCUUGAAAACACCACUGCUAGUGGUGGUGCUAGUAAUAGUGGUGGUCGUGGAAACAGUAAAGAACAACGAUCUAUAUUGGGAAGAGAUACCGCGAAUUUGUUUGAACGUAUGAAGAAACGUACUGUUGAAAUGCGAAAAGCAGAAGAACGUGUAGAGGAACGUGAGGAGUUUAUCAAAUCCCGUUAUGCCUCUUGUGCUUCUGGCUCCUUCGCCGCCGCACCUUCUACUGGUAUGGCAGGAGUUGCCCCUGCACCGUUUGAUAAGGAUGAAGUACUUGCAGAACUUGUGGCGACGAAUAAAUCUAAUUUUCUGAAAUUAGAUCAGGAACUAUCAGAGGAUCAUCGUAUUGCUACACGUCGUUUACAUGCAGCUGUAUUUGCACAUGCCGGUGAUUUUCUACAAUUAUUCCGUGAUGUAAACCGGGCGAGUGCAUUAGUGGAACAAUUGAAGGGACGUGUACAAGGGACGAAAGCCGCUAUAUCGGCUAUUAGUAAAUUCAGUACAUAUAAUGAUGGAAGUAAUAAUAGUGGGAGUGGUAGUGGGAGUAAUAACUUGGAUGGAGAUAAUCGUGCUGUGGAAAGUACUUUUCGAGUUUCACUUCUUAGUGGAAGUAGUCAUAAGAGUAAGAGUGGAAUGGGAGGCCAAGGAGGUAAGGCACUUGUACGUCCAAGUCUUAUUGCCACGCGAUUAUCACGACCACGAGACUCAACAGAUAUCUUUUCUGCUCAAUUAUUUCCUGUAUCUGGUGCGGUGAGUAGUAGGAGUCGUGGUAAUAAUAAUAAUAAUAAUAAUAGUGCUGGUGUUGGUAGAGGGGGUGGUAAUAAGAAUAAUAAUAACAAUAAUAUCAAUAAUAAUAAUAAUGAAACCUCUAUGCAGUUAUUAUCCACCACGCGUUCAUUAAAUACACCAUCCACACGUUUAUGGCGUGAUGCCACGUUAACAGGAGCGACGGCUACUUCUGCUGCUGGUGGGGCAACGGCGAUGUUGCGACAUAAUAGACAAGGACAAUUGGAAGAAAAUAAUAAUGGUAAAUCCAGUGGUUUGAGUUUCACAGAUAUUCUUCUCUUUGCAGAUGUUCUCAAACAGGAGAUAUUACAAUUAAUUGCGGAGCGGCGAUAUACAGAAGCCGCAGAGUUAAUGCGAGGUGUAGAAGCAGAAGCAAAUGCCAAAGGAUGUAUGCCACUCUUAUUAGCAUUAGAAGAAGUGUUUGUGCGUAGUGUAACGGAAAGACUACAUGAUGUCCCAAUGCCAUUAAUGUAUAGUGAGAGUAUACAUAUUCCACUUGUACAGUUGCUUUUACGGUUUGGGAGAUUACGUAGUGGAUCUCGGACCUUUUUUCAUCUCCAUGCGGGAUGGUUAGAUGGAGAAAUGUAUAAACUACAAUUACGUAUAGAUCCACAACAUGGUGCUCUUAUCGCUAGUGAUUUUCUUGUUUCUGCCAUGCAAGAAGUAUUAGAACGACAACAGAAUUUAUGGCGAUCCAUUGCAGAUGAUAAUAAACAUCCUUUGACAACUAAUACAACAAUUACUAAUACUAAUACUAAAGGUGAUGGGGGAGUAGAGGCUUCUACAGGCGAAGAAGAAAAAAAGAAGAACAGUAGUACUACUUCUACUACUACUACUGCUACUACUACUACUACUACUACUACUACUACUACUAUUAAUAAUAAUAAUAAUAAUAAUAAUAAUAAUAAUAAUAAUAAUAAUAAUAAUACCAACAAGUUUUCAGAUAAACUAUUGCCAAACAAUAACAGUGGUGGAAAACCCAUCCGUAGUGAAGAGAAUACCACACAAACUUCUACAAUCGUACAAUUACCACCCAGUUCUGCAGCUGUUCUUUGGGUACAUGAUCGUAUUGACAAAUUAGCCCGUGAGGUAUUAGGAGCUCGGGCUCUCAGUUACGGUAGUGGGGCUGAAGGCGGAGAUCCAUCCCGUUUCCGUCGGGCUGUUGUGAUGUUGGCAGACGCCAUUCGUACAGUUCGUCGAAUGGAUGAGUUUGGCUGUGCGGGCUGCGAUACACAUCUUCUCCGACUGCUCACACCAAGUCUUAUCUAUUUACAGGCAGACUUUAGUGGAUGUACAGAUGAUCGAUUGGAUAGUACAGGGAAAGCCAUGGUGGAGUAUCUUAUUCGGGAUGUAUGGCACAUGUAUGCAAGUCGUGAAAUGGCAUAUAAUCCACAGAUGUGUGAAGAAGUAGCACGGCGUAAUAAUACACUUUGUAGGGAGUUACAACAGAGAUUUCAAGGUCUUUCACAAACGUCGUAUGCCGUUUUGUUGGAAUUACUUCUCGCUCCAGCCUCCUCACGUCUCUUUGUGAGGAGAAGUAAUGAUAGUAAUACCAACAAUAACAGUAAUAGUAAUAAUAAUAGUAUUACCAACAAUAGUAACAAGAAUAUUGCUAAUACUAAUAAUAAUAUUAUUAUUAAUAGGAAUGAUAAUAAGAAUCGAAUGGAGAACAGUAGUAGUGAGACUCUAACAUCUUCACUUCUCCCAGAGCAAUAUACAUUCCUGCGAUAUGCAAAUGGCUGUACACGUGUGCAUGGUAUACUUUUAACAUCCGUUCUUCGCUUUGUAGCAGCUAUGACUGGACAGGAGUUAUUACCAUUAGAGCAAGUGGGUCGUCAGCAGAAGAAUAAGAAGGUGAUGGAUGUCCAUGAUAAUUGGAUGGAAUGUGUUUCAUUUCUACUUUCGAAUGCGGUGGUAACAGAGUCAUUGGAUGUUACGAUGCAACGUUUAUUCCUUUCAUUUAUGCGAACAACAUUACGACAACGGCAAGCUCUUGUAACCUUUUUACAAUCUGGAGAAUUUACAGAUAUGCAUCGUAAAGUAUUCCCUGCAGAUAACAGAAUUUCCCCAUUAUCUCCAUCCGCCUCUGUAACACGAUGGGUGUUUGGGGCUAUGCAAUUACUUCUCGCAGAUGUAUUGAGUGCUUCUGUGUGGAUUGCCUUUCUCUCACGUGGACGGGCAUUAUCUUAUAUGUUGUUAGAUGCCACUUUAGCCUUUCAGGUUCAAUAUCUAGAGGAAUUACGGCGAGUAUUACCACGACUGGUGCAAGGAUGGAUGGUGGCAGCAUUAAGUUUAUCCCACAGUGUAGAUGCCGCGCAGGAUCUUCUCUUGGGAGAUGCCGCUUUACUCACAUUUGAUGGGGAUAAUGAGAUGAAGAUGGCCACAGCAGUAGCAGCGGCCGCAACAUCUAAAGUAUUUACUGCACGUCCUCCCACUAUUAAUAGUAAUAAUAAUAAUAAUAAUAAUAAUAAUAAUAAUAAUAAUACUAAUAAUAAGUAUUCUUCUUCUUCUUCUUCGCCUUCGGUGAAUCUUGUGGAGGAUACAAAUGGUGCACGGGAUGCCGCUGCGCAUCUUAUUCAAACUGCAGCUGUAAAUGAAACACGUUUAAAACCUUUUCUAUUGGAUCUUGUUAAAAGACGCUUCUCUUCAUACAAUACAAGUAAAGAGAAAUCGGCACUCUUGUGUGUACCAUUACCACCACCACCAUCACCUGUUUGGUGUCUGCGUGGGGUAUUAGGGAAUUAUCCACACUUCCCUAUUGAUGGUAACUUUGAUCAUGAGGAUGAAUUGUUUCUUUUUCAUUGGUGUGUGCAAAUGUCAUUAAAUAUAUUGGCCUUUUUUCAAGAACAACUUCUCGUUCCUACCCAUGUUGUAAAUCAGCGAUGGGCAGCCCAACACACCACCGCUAAUACUCCUACUACUACUCAUACUACUAGUGAUAAUGUUAGUAAUAGUAAUAGUAAGAAUAAUAAAAGUGGUUCUCCAUUUCCUUUACGUAGUUGUGUCUCCCCACAGGAGGAAUCAGUGAUUGGAGCGUUAGAAACGGGUGGUGGAAAUUACGCCGGUGCUGUGGCAUUAUUACAAUUUAUUGUUUUUCGUCUCUUACGAGAUAUAUUGUGUAAUGUAGAGACAUGGAGUACUUUAUAUAAUGUUUCCACAGAAGUAUGGAGAAAAUCAGAAGGGGUAUUACGACAACAGAUAUUUUUCUUUGCUGUAUUCCUGCGAUUCUGGUCACCAUUGUUUGUGGGUGGUGUGAAGACAAACACAUAUGGACAAUGCACAAUGUCAAAUAGAAAUAACAACACAGAUGGAGUCCCAUCAUUGGUGCUUUUGCAGUGGUUAACUUGUGCGGCAAAUACAAAAGAGUCUUCAAAAGACCAACCACAACAACAACAACAACAACAACAACGGGUCUUUGAUGUGGAAAGUUUGGCUUUCUCUCGGAAUAUGGGAUCCACAGCAGCAACGGCAUCCACUACACAGGGAUUAGGUUCAUGGAGAAAUCAAAAUAAUAAUAAAAGUAAUAAUAAUAACAGCAGUACUAGUAAUAUCAGCAUCAGUACUAACAACGAUAGUAAGAAUGAUAACAAGCCGCCACUCUCACCCCAAUCACCGACUAGCAGACAGAGAUUUAAUGCAAAUAAUAUGAAUGCCGGGGAGAAUACCACCAACACCAACACCAGCAGCAGCCCUCGUCUCAGUAAAAAUAGUGGAGACAAUAGUGAUGAUCCUAGUAAAUUGUUGUUGGAUGUUAUUGGAUCUUUCUUUGAUUCACUACAAGAACCAAGGGGAUUGCCGGCGAUUACCUCGGAUGUAACUAUAAGUCGUGUAGAAAAAGUCAUUACAGCUGUUAACUUAAAUGAUUUUGUUGGAAAGACGAAAUUAGUCGAUGAUGAUGAUGAUGAUAGUGAUGAUGAUGAUAGUGAAUCUGAUAGGAACAGUUCAAGCAGUAAGUCAGAUCGUACCGUGCGAUCGAGUUCAUCCUCAUUAUCAUCCGAUAUAUUGAGAAAACAGGGGAAUCCAGAGAAGGAUGAUGUGACACUCUCACAUGUACACAAGUUACUUCAGCAUUACAUAGCACCACUACUAUAA